ACAGCGCGCGUUGCUCUCGCUUCAGCGUCGCCUUGUCUUCAGAUGAACCCGUCUCGUCAGUGUCGUGAACAUCAGAGGUCCCAUGGCGUGAAAUUAGACGAUAUAAUGCAAAGAUCAAGGGUGACGACCGUGAAGAGUGAAAAGUGAAGGAGCCCUCAUCCACUAUGGGGAACACACCAUCAAAAAGUGGCAGCGGGGAGGAACCAGUGAAAACUGUUCUGUUUGAGAAGGAGCCAAGUGGGAUAACGUACAGAAUACCUGCUCUCAUUUACCUGCGGCACAGUCGCACCUACCUGGCCUUCGCCGAGAAAAGAUCCUCACCAUGUGACCACGAUGCCAAGAUCCUUGUUAUGAGAAGAGGAACGAUGAAAGAUGAUGGAUCUGUUCAGUGGUCGACCCGCGAGGAGCUGUCGACGGCCUGUCUGCCGAACCACCGCACCAUGAACCCGUGCCCCGUGUUUGAGAAGAACAGCAAGGUGCUGUUCUUGUUCUUCAUCUGCGUGUGGGGAAGCGCCAGCGAGCAGUGUCAGAUCCUCACAGGCAAGAACAAGGCGCGUCUCUGCUGCGUCAGCAGCAGCGACGACGGGCGGACGUGGAGCCGAGCCAAAGACCUGACCGAGAGCGCGAUCGGGGAAACCAUCUAUAGGUGGGCCACCUUCGCCGUGGGCCCCGGCCACGGCGUCCAGCUGGAGAACGGCCGGCUGAUCAUCCCGGCCUACGCCUAUUACGUCCCCCACAGGUGCUGCUCCUUCCCCGUCCCCGGCACCGUGUACCCGCGGGCGCUGUCGCUCUACAGCGAGGACCUCGGCCACACCUGGCGCGUGGGCAAAAUGCUCCGCAAGAAGUCGUGCGAGUGCGAGAUGGCGGAGAUCAUAGACCACGAGGGCCGCAGCCACCUCUACUGCAACGCCCGCCGCGCCGGCGGCCACCGGUGCGAGGCCCUGAGCGAGAACAGCGGCGCGUGCUUCGACAAGCCGCGCACGGCGCCGGGGCUGGUGGAGCCGCGCUCCGGCUGCCAGGGCAGCGUCGUGGGCUUCCCCGCGCCCGAGUUCGUGCCCAACGACGACGCCGAGAGCAAGGCGUGCGGCACGUCGCUGCUGUCGCCCGACGCGCAGACCUGGCUGCUCUUCGUGCACCCGACCGACAAGUCCCGGCGGCGGGACAUGGGCGUGUACCUGAACCGCUCGCCGCUGCACUCGUCGGGGUGGGACAGGCCGAAGAUCAUCCACGCCGGGCCCAGCGGCUACUCCGACGUGGCUUACAGCGAGGACAAGGACCAGUUCUCCUGCCUGAUGGAGUGCGGCAAGGAAAGCGAACUGGAGCAGAUUGCCUUCAUGUCGUUCACCCUCAAUGACGUCUUGCAGACGGGCAGCAGGAAGGAGAAGAAGAUGCAUUGAGGCGUGGGUGAUUUCUUUCUACAUUAAGCUCUAACAUUCUCCUGCAAAUGAAAAAAAAAAGAAGAAAAACAGCCACUAAAUAUGCUGUGCAGUAACAUCUGUCUGUGUUUACUGUUGCUCUACACUCCGGAGAUGAUAAUGCAUGCAUUAGUCGGGUGUUUCGAUGUCUCCCUGUUUACAUGGAAAAAGUACUUUAGGUCUUAAUAGUGUUAUAUGCAAGCAGCUGUAGAAGGACGGGAAGCUUCGGGGCGGAGGACUUAACGCAUGACGCAGACACAGGCCUGACUCUACGUGUUGCAUGUUGGACCAGCGCCUCACGCCCAUUUCCACCUUUUUAUUAGUCGGUCCGUGUUUUCUGAGCAGCGGGGAGAAUUUGCCUACCUCUCGUUAUUUUCAUACCAGGAUCAUAGCAGGCCUCCGCGAAGUUGAGUGUCGAGUUUUCCUCCGUGCUCAGUCUCUCCUUUAUAUUUAGCCUAUUCUGAUUCACAUAUGCCUUUUACACGCAGCCCGUCACCGCACAGUAGGUGCUAGAAAGCUGGUAACAGAAGCAGCAAACGUCCAUUCGUUUAUUUUGCUGAAGGUUCAAUAAGGAAGAUGCCGUUCCUCUGUGGAUUCACGUUUUCUGCUCUCUGAUCUCUUCCUCUGCAUCACUUGUGCCUCCGGCCCUGAUCUGACUCCUUGAACCUCUUCACUCAUUGACAUGUGUCUGUCUGUCCUACACUUCUAAACACACACAGCCUCCUCCUCAUCACCACCACAUCCUUCAUGUUAUUCAAGGACCCCUCAUCCACUGUAUGAACACUCUGUCCUGCUUUGUCUUUAUAUGUUCAAUGUUUGACAUUGAUGAAGUCUAGAGGCCAAAACAUCUUUGUGUUCUAAUCAAUGCAUCUUUGCUCUCUCCUUAUUGAACCAAUCACAGAAGAGACCAGCCUGCAUUGCAUAUUUCCAGCUGAUCGGUUAUCACCUAACUUUUAAAUGUUUUUAUAUUAUGUUUCAGUAUUAUGUCAUUCAUUGAGCCAUUCGUCAUGAGUGAGGACAGUAAUGGCGGGUUUGACACGGUGGCUGGCUGUUGGUUAUCAAGCAUUUAGCAGAAGAUGAAAACCUACUAUUUAUAAAGCCACUAGGAAUUUGCACACACAAAACUGAGUGACUUUAAAUUUCCACUUUGCCUAUUGUCGUUGGGCAAAAUGCCUCCAAGUGGAUCUACACUAGUGUUACUGUAUUUUUGUUGUUGAGAGUCAUAAAAAACUGCAUGAAAAAUGUAUUUUAAUAGAAAAUAAAAGUAACCUGUGAUGACGUAA